AAAAAAAAGGUUUCGUCGAGUUGUCUCGAAGGCGGAAAGUCUUUUUUCAAAAGGAAAACCAACGCGGUUGUUGAACGUUCGUUCCUUUUCAACUUUCUUUUUCAUCCCGGCCUCUGUCUCGACACCCUCCAAAUAAUUCAACAACAAUGGCUGACGAAGAUCACCACGAAGAGUUCGAGCACGCCGGGUCUGGGGCUUCCCUGACCUACCCUAUGCAGUGCUCUGCCCUGCGUAAGAACGGUCACGUUGUGAUCAAAGGUCGCCCUUGCAAGAUUGUUGACAUGUCGACCUCCAAGACCGGCAAGCACGGUCACGCCAAGGUCCACCUGGUUGCCAUUGACAUCUUCACUGGCAAGAAGCUUGAGGACAUCUCCCCCUCUACCCACAACAUGGACGUCCCCAAUGUCACCAGGACUGAGUUGCCCCUCUUGGACAUUGACGAUGGCUUCUUGUCCUUGAUGAACGCUGAUGGUAGCACCAAGGACGAUGUGAAGCUUCCCGAGGGAGAGGUUGGCGAGAAGAUGCAGGCGGAGUUCCACGAUGGCAAGGAGCUCUUGGUGACCGUUGUUGCCGCUAUGGGUGAAGAGCACGCGUUGUCUUUCAAGGAAGCCCCCAAGGGCAACUAAGUGUUGAGUUCUGCCCACACGCCAGCUUUGAGGCUCGAGAAAGCGAAUAGUUUCCUCCCUGUACCAUAGUAGAGGCUUGUUAGUUUACUGUCCUUGAUUCCUUGAGCAAGCUGCAAAACACGCCAUUUGAUUGUUUUGAAUAUAUACAUACACUACCAAGUAUUGCUUUCCGCUUGUCUUGGGGUUUCUAUGAUGCAGACCGACA